GCAAAAUUCCAAUUGGAGCAUUGCUCACUGCAGCUCUCUGUAUGCAGCGCACACACGCGCUGUAGCUCCGGCAUGACGACAUGCCGCCUCGCUCCGCACUCGCUAACAAUGAAUCGCAAACCUUCGACCAACAACAAAGCUGCAAAAUAAUCCCGACCGAUCUGCUCACUCCCAAGGGCUAGAUCUAAGAUCCAAACUCCCAGAUAUCAAGCCGAUGAGGUAGCAGAGAAUAGUAUUCCUAGAUUCUCCGCGCGGACACUACGGCCAGGGCUGGGCCUCGUCGCGAGCCCGACGUCGCAAUGCUCUCCGCCUUCACGGCCCGGCCCAUCAUUGAGCUCCGGCCGAGGGACAAGUUCAAGAUUGAGAGCAUACAAACACACAGUGACCGCAUCUUCGUCGGCCUCAGCACUGGCAACCUGAAAAUCUAUCGCCUCACCAACGACACGAAUGCAACGAAACCAACCGAACUCCUACGGGAGGUGGAAAAGUUCUCCACGCGCGCCAUAGAGCAGCUCGCUAUUAUUAAAGAAGCCAACACGCUCGUGUCACUCUCAAACUACGCCGUCUCCCUCCAUGACCUCAACAACUUCCGUCCGAUCGAGGCGCCGCUAGCCAAGACCAAGAACGCCACCUGCUUCGCCGUGACCAGCAAUGUCGUCGAGGACCCUCAAACCGGCAUCCCCGAGUUUAUCUCCCGGCUUGCCGUCGCCGUCAAGCGCCGCCUGCUAUUGUACAGCUGGCACACUUCAGAGCUCAGCGGCAAUGUUGAAGAGGUCGUACUGCCCGAGGCGAUCCGUACUCUGACUUGGUCGUCCGCAACCAAUAUCGUCGUCGGAAUGAAUGCUGGUUAUGCCCUCGUCGACGUCGUAACCAAGGAGACGACCGAGAUCAUAGCUGGCGGAGGCCAGGGCGAGCCAGGUAGCCGCCUUGGCGCCUACAGUAUGGGAUACAUGGGGCUCGGCGGCUACAUGCCGAAACCGCUGGCCGCUCGACUGGGUGAGGGCGAGAUGCUGCUUGCCAAGGAUAUCAACACCGUUUUCGUCACGUCCGAGGGCAAGGUGUUGGAACACAAGCGCCAGGUGCCAUGGCAGAGUGCUCCAGACAGCAUUGGGUAUAGCUAUCCGUACCUGAUCGCACUGUUGCCGCCAGCCAAGGGGAGCCUGGAGGUGCGAAACCCGGAUACGUUGAGCCUGCUGCAGACCAUCAACCUGCCGGGCGCGGCAGGGCUACACUUCCCACCGCCAAAUGUGAGUCUUGCGCAUGGUGGCAAGGGGUUCCACAUCAGCAGUGACAGGUGUGUGUGGAAGAUGGACGCAACGGACUACGAUACUCAGGUUGAUGAGCUUGUCAAGGCUGGGAGAUAUGAUGAGGCCAUCAGUAUACUGAACAUGCUGGAGGAUGCUUUGUUGAGGAACAAGAUCGAGGUUCUGCGCGAGGUCAAAAUGUUGAAAGCAGAAUCGCUUUUCCGGAUGAAGAAGUUCCAGCAGAGCAUGGAUCUAUUCAACGAGGAGGAUGUCCAUGCGCCUGCUGAAAGGGUUCUGCGACUGUUUCCUCCUGUCAUCGCUGGAGAUUUAUCUGGAGUCCCGGCCUCUGACGAUGGAAAAGCAGUCGAGGAAGAGGAAGUUGAGGCCAAUGGCAGCACCGAUGAACACAAGGAAGAGAAGGACCAGAAGCAAGAGCCUGAACCAGCAACACCCGCAAAGGCAGCGGGUGGUUUCACAAAUAGAUUAUGGGGACUUGGUCACGGCCUGACGCACAAGAAACCAGACUCGGAUGCAGCAUCGAUCGCCUCGUCCAGGAAGCCGACAAAAGACGAUCAUCCAGAUGACGACAACAGCAGCAGUAGCGACAAGGGCAAGUCAUCAAUCGCAGACAGUGGCAUACUGGAGGGCAAGGAUCUAAUGGACGCCGUCCUCGAACUGAAUGGCUAUCUGGCUGGCGCCCGUGCCCGGCUCCAACGUGUGAUUGACCCAACCACCGGCAAGCUUAAGCCGCGCAACUCGACCGACCCGACAGUAGAUAGCCUACUGAGCGGCGAGAACAAGUCUCAAUCGGAUGAGCAGCUAGAAAAGGAUCUGCGGGAUACUUUCAGGCUGGUUGACACGACACUCUUCCGGGCUUUCAUGUACUCGCGACCGGCGCUGGCAGGAAGUUUGUUUCGAAUUCCCAAUUGUUGUGACCCGGAUGUGGUGAAUGCCAAACUGUUGGAGCAAAACCGCUACAACGAGCUCGUCGACUUCUUUUACGGCAAGCGGCUGCACCGACAGGCGCUGGAGCUGCUGAAGAAGUUUGGCGACGGCGAUGCACCCAGCGAUGUUGCUGCUACCCUGCAUGGUCCCGAGCGUACGGUGCGGUACCUCCAAAAUCUGCCGCCCGAGAUGAUAGACCUGAUCCUCGAGUUCUCAGAGUGGACUCUGCGUGCGAACCCCGAGUUGGGCAUGGAAAUCUUCUUGGCCGAUACAGAGAAUGCCGAGACCCUGCCAAGGGACAAGGUUGUGGACUUUUUGGCUGGUAUCGAUGUCGAACUCGAAGUGAGAUAUCUGGAUCACAUCAUCACCGAGCUCAACGAUAUGACGCCUGAUUUUCACAACCGGUUGGUCGACAUAUUGAUCCGACACCUCAAGACAAAAGAGAGGGGUGAUCAGUGGGAUGAGAUGAUGCAGAGGCUUUUGAGGUUUUUGGAUAGUAGCAGACAGUAUGCCGUUAUGAGGGCUUACACUGCUAUCAAAGACGAUUCUGCGUUUUACGAGGCACAAAUCAUUGUGCUGAGGCUUAUGGAUCAACACCGCGAAGCCUUGAGGAUAUGCGUCUUCAAGAUGGAGGACUACGCGAGAGCCGAAGAGUAUUGCAACCGUGUACAUAAACUUGAACCGGAGGCAGCAGAGCCAUCUUCGUCAAUGAGGACGGUGGACGACCAAGAAAAGACCGAGCCUUCAAUCUACCAUACCCUGCUCUCAUUAUACCUCGACCCGCCACGCCAAAUGUCGGACCCAGCACCGUCACCAAAGCUUGGACCGGCCCUGGAACUCCUAUCUAAACACGGAUCGCGGCUCCCAGCCUCUUCGUCGCUGUCCCUGAUCCCAGAUUCACUGCCCAUCUCGGAGCUCAAGGCGUACUUCCGCGGUCAGAUCCGGUCGGCCAACAGCGUUCUCAACGAGGGUAAGGUGGUGGCCAAGCUGCGCGAGACGGCCAUGGUCGCCGCGCAGUCUAAGCUACUCCUCGGCGAUGAUGGGACGGGUGGACGUAACCGGCGGGUGGUGGUAUCGGAGGAGAGAGUCUGCGGAACGUGCCACAAGCGGCUGGGUGGGAGCGUCGUCGCGGUCAUGCCGGACAAUGCGGUCGUACACUAUGGCUGCCUGGGUAGGGCGGCCAGUGGUUCAAGCAUGGGGAGUGGGUUCGGCGGUAGAGAUGCCAGAGGACCAAGCUGGGGCCGUGUUGGUGGGCAUUGAGCUUUGCUCGGUGUUGAGAGUUGACGUUCUCGGUUCCAGUUUGUCGACUUUGAUACCACCCCCAUGUUGUGUGUCGUUGUGUUAUUGUUUUGGCGGGUUUUUGUUGACAGCAUAGCGUUCGGACUGUUGGCAUAUCUUUCCACUAGGGUCAUAAUCAUCUAUAUCUUGUGCCAAUUUGCUAGUAAUAUAUAUAUUUUCGGCUGG